CCGGCCUCCCGGGCUCCGGGGGCGCCCACAGGCCCCGCGAGGCCGGAGCGGAGUGUCGGCGGCCGCGGGGAGCGCGCGAGCGCCGGCUGCGCGGAGGGAGGGAUCAUUGCAUGGCCGCUGUCUGACAACAUGCCCCAGCAGUGGCUACUGCUGGCUGCGUGCUUCUGGGUGGUUUUCAUGUUCAUGGUGGCCAGCAAGUUCAUCACGUUGACCUUUAAAGACCCGGAUGGGUAUAGUGCCAAACAGGAGUUCAUGUUCCUGACGACCCUGCCGGAUUCGGGGAAGCUAAGAGGAGAGAAACAUCUUCCUGAGGACAUAAAGCCUACCGGGAAGAUGCUUUCCGACGGCCGUCCUGAGCAGCCCCCAGUUUAUCUGCAGCGGCUAGAGCUCAUCAGAAACGCCUGCCAGGAGGAGGCUCUGCGGAACCUCUCGCACACCGAGGUCUCCAAGUUUGUCCUCGACCGGAUAUUUGUCUGUGACAAGCACAAGAUCCUUUUCUGUCAGACUCCCAAAGUGGGCAACACCCAGUGGAAGAAAGUGCUCAUCGUCCUGAACGGAGCGUUUUCCUCCAUUGAAGAGAUCCCCGAAAACGUGGUCCAUGACCAUGAGAAAAACGGCCUUCCCCGCCUCUCUUCCUUCAGCCAAACAGGAAUUCAGAAGCGGUUGAAAACAUACUUCAAGUUCUUUAUUGUAAGAGACCCCUUCGAGAGACUGAUCUCAGCCUUUAAGGACAAGUUUGUUCACAACCCACGCUUUGAGCCCUGGUACCGGCACGAGAUCGCGCCCGGCAUCAUUAGGAAGUACAGGAAGAACCGGACGGAGACGCGGGGGAUCCAGUUUGAGGAUUUUGUGCGCUACCUGGGCGACCCGAACCGCAGGCGGUUAGACCUUCAGUUUGGGGACCACAUCAUCCACUGGGUGACCUACGUGGAACUGUGCGCGCCCUGUGAGAUCAGAUACAGUGUGGUGGGACACCACGAGACCCUGGAGCAGGACGCCCCCUACAUCCUGAAGGAGGCCGGCAUAGACCACCUGGUGUCCUACCCCGCCAUCCCGCCCGGCAUCACCGUGUACAACAGAACUAAGGUGGAACGCUACUUCCUGGGCAUCGGCAAACGAGAUAUCCGGCGCCUGUACGCUCGCUUUGAGGGGGACUUCAGGCUCUUCGGGUACCAGAAACCAGACUUUCUGCUAAAUUAAGGCACCGGACGCUUCGUCCCGCUAGGUGGGGCUGGCUCGGUGGAGGUCUGAGCGCAGAAGUGACGCUUUCCUGCCCUGUGGUUCCGUUGGAUGCUGUUGGGCUCCGAGUAUCUGCUUAGCUCGGAUGGCUCAUGCCUUCGGGGUUCCCCUCCCCAGCCGGUAUCUUUAGGGGUCACCGGCCACCACCCCCAUGAGAGGCUAGGAAAGACUGAACAUUUGCAGACUGGUGGACAGACCACGCAGAGGACACAGCGUGAGGCGCUGCGUCCUCCCGCGGUCACGUGGCCAUCGGCAGCUAUGGUCGGGCGCCUGUGUGCAGUCCCAGCGCUUUCUAGAGGCGGAGCGGCUGAGUGUCUGCAGGGGGCCCUGGGGUGCACGCCUGAUUCCUCUUUCUGCCUGCUGGGCACGGCAGUAGGCCCAGAGGCAGAUCACGUGCUCUUUGAGCUUGAGGCCCUGUGACUUUUGGUGGUGGUAAUCACAGAAUGCUUUGAGCAGGCUGUCCUUCCAUGACCCAGGCUAGCUCAUGUUUUCAGGAUGUCUGAGCCUACAAGCAGCUGCUUCUGGAAAGCGCGGGCAUUGUCGGGGUGUCUUAGGGACUUGCAACUUGGGGUGGGGAAGGAGGGAAUUCAGGCGCCUGGCUAGACUCGGCUGUUGUCCUGGAUUGCCGAAUCUGAGCGAGCAGCAGGGGCUUUUCCACCCGUCUCCAUGCACCUCACUGUCCAGAGAGGGGAGAAAACACAGAGCGUGUCCAGUGGGUGAUACAAGCUCCUCCUGGGAACAUGCGGGAGGGCCGGGCCCUCAUUGCAGAAGCCAGGCUGCUCACACAGAGCCGUGUCCCUUCACGUCCACAGGUAGGAUCUUGCAGCCCUGGUUCUAAUCUUGCCACCAUCCUGGACUGAAAGACCCACAGAUUGGAUAAUCAGAUUCAUCAGCAAUAAAAUCCUGGGUGAGGCCGUCUCUGGUAACACGUCAUGCUAGGCACUGAGGCCAGCCCCAGCAAGAAGAAAGCCACGGCGGCCACCUCAGCUGCCAGCCAGCAGCCAAGGGCUACGAAAGAUGACAGGGUGGUUUCCCUGAGUACUGAGGCCCUAGCACACACAUCUUCUGUGGCAGCUUUUCCUAGAGGCCACAGCUCUCUCAUAAAGCCUUCCUGAACUUGUAAAUGUGAAAGUUAAAAAAAUUUAAACUAUGUGCCAAAUCUGACCAGUGAGUCCCAAAGGAGCGGCCUCCAGGGCCACAGGUAACUCUUGGGGGCUGCAGGCCGAGGCCAGGGAUUGGGCUGUGGACCGGAAGGAGACUCAUCUCUUCCUUGUCAGCUGACGUGCCACAAUUGUGAUGUUGGGUUAUUAGUGAAGUUUUAGCAGAGCCUUCUUAAGAUUACUUCAGGCCCGAGUUGCUGAACCGCAGUCUCUUUUUCUGUUUUUGAGGUAAUAAUGUGUGUGAAGUUGAGGCCUUCUUCAAGCUAGUCCUCAUUAAAGCAGCAUUUUCUCUCACAAACAAAA